ACUGGAGGGGAUCGUAUAUAGGCGACGAUGCCAGGUGCUCACCUUAUCAGAACCCAUAGUAUCGUCGUCAUGAAACUUCGGAUGCUGUUACACGGCAUCUCGACGCUUAUCAGCGUCGUUAUUAUUUCCGCAAGACAAACCCACUCCAACAAUGCAAGUGACCACAAGCUGGGACAAAGAAUCCUGGCGCUUUACAGGGUAGUCGAUUUCAUGGCGCAGAGACCUCGUCAGAUGAACGUCGACGCGAUUUUCGGACUCACCAUAGCUGAAGCCCACGUUGCAAGCACCGUGAACCACGAGAAACUGACGGUUUUUCACCCUCGUUUUCGAGACGUCCUCAUCGACAUCCUGGAACUCUGCCGGCGCGCUCGUCGACAAGCCGCAACAGUAGUUUUAACGAAGACUAAGGAAACCGCGAUAUUGAACCAAGUACUGAAUCAGCCGGAGAUUUGGCAACGGCCUGUUGCAUGGAGCUUCGGGUUAUUGGGCCCCAGACCUCCACCGAGUGAGAACAACACGGAAUCUUCCGUUCUGGAGUAUUUCUACAAGGGGACGCCGAACGAGACCGAAAGCGAUCGGUGUCUCUCUCAGCUUGCUCAAGACUACAGGAGGCCCCUUUGUCAGGUGUCUGAGCCCUGCGCCGAAAUGUUGACAAGAAAUGACGGACCCAGAGGGUAUCCGCUUGCGCACAGGCUGCUGUACGUCGUGACAGCUGUCGCCGUGAGUUUAUCUUUGAUUGAAAUCAGUGCAGGAUUAGCAGUUUGGGAUACUGAUCUCUGGGGCCCGGAUAAGUCUGUAUUAAAAAUAACAAAAUAUCUAAGAUGCAUGGAGCGCGACUCCACUCCGUUCGACAAACUUAUACCUGCCUACUGCACGGCUAUAUUACAGGAUGCAGUCGAUAUGGAAGAUACUAACUUUCCAGCAAUGUCAAGAGACAUGAUCUGCGAGCAAGUCAUUCUCUGCGGAAUGGCAGGCUAUAUGGAGUUUGCCAAUGACCAUUACGCGGCGUUGAUACUGAGCUGGCCGAACGAUGCGGGUUGUUUCACGAGUUUAGGAUUUGGAGAGGAAAUAUUUCGAAAAAGAUUCAAGCGGGAAAGUGAAAGGAUGGACUACGGUUGUGACAACCACGCGACGGCGUUGGCCGCAGCAAGUUUGUCUCUGCUGAUCCGUCAGUUCGUUGAGACUUCAGAUUUGACUGUGUAGAACAGUGGGUA